AAUCGUUUGUUUCAUAAAAUGUUACGAUAUGACAAACUUAUCGGCCGACGACAUUGAGGAUCAGCUGGAUAAUUUUAUCAUACGAAAAACAAAGGAUCAAGCAUCAACUUAUGUUCCGCGACAAAAAACCACACAAAGUGGAGAAAAGAUAUAUGAUCACAUUCCAUUACUUGUAAAAGAUAUAUUAGCGUCCCAGCCAGAUGCAGACAACAAAGGAGCCUUCACUCUGUUUAAUCCCACUGAAUUGAAGUAUCACAGUUGUUUGGUGUACGGAUUUGUAGCAGGUCGCGGUGUACAUAACAAAUCUUUUUACAAUUACGUAUUAGACGAUGGAACUGGGUCAAUAAAAUUUAGAAUCUAUGCCAAGCCCAGAGAAGAAAAGAUCAUCAAGUGCCUCUACAAUGAAGCCCAGUCCUUGAUUGGCAGUGCGGAUACUUUGAAAUACGAGAAGAUAUCAACAAGCAUGACUCGGCUCCUGGGUAAAGCCACGGAGUAUAUUGAUGGCUCCAGAAUAUCGCCUGGAAGCAACGUCAUGUUAUAUGCGCGUCCGCACAAUUUUAAGGAUCAAAUUAGUUUAGACGUGAUCUCAUUUACUAUGGACAACGAAAAGUCGCGCAGUCUGGAAAUCGCCUUCAGUGGAAGCUUAAUAGACUACUAUCAAAGCCAUACAAAAUAAGUUGAGCUUUUGUAUAUA